AAAAUAAGGGAAAAAAUGCACACGCAUGAGACUCUCAGGCACGAGUUAACAAAAGGAUUCGCUCCAUUUUCAUUUUUUUCCAUCCAUCGUUUCCUUGUAAAAUGAAUCCUCAGGUUUCCGACAAUCUCGCUACAGUUUGAGCUCUGAGAAUGGCGCUAAUUGGAGCAGGCUCCUGAAAGAUGUUAGUUUUCUUGUGCAACCUCCAGGGCAUUGGACGGAGAAACUCACAACGAGUAAGCGAGUUCUUAUUGGUUUCUAACCCUAACCGAUCGUUUGGUCGCUUUGAUACUUCCGCCUCUAAUGGUUUAGCGGAGGUUAAUCUUUUUCCUUCAUCCGUGUUUAUUUGGUUCACAAGUUUUCUCUAUUUGAUUCGUUUUCCUCUUACGACCGAAGCGAAACCGGACAAAUUUGGAGAAGAUUUAGAUAGAGAAUCGAUACGUAAGAUCGUUCAAGAAGAACGGUGGGACGAUUGUAGGGUUGUUAGGCUGUUCCGUUCAGUUUUAGCUCCAGUAAGGGUUUCCAGGAUCUUGGUCGAGCUAAAAGAGGACGCCCGGUUAGCGCUGAAGUUCUUCAACUGGGCUGGAAAGCAAGUGGGUUAUUGCCACACCGCCGAGUCGUAUUGCAUUAUUGUUCACAUAUUAUUUAGGGCUAGAAUGUACUUUGAUGUGCAAGAACUUCUGAAGAUUCUCAUUUCCUCCAGGAGGAUUCCAGCUGGUUCAGAUGUUUUCGACAUUUUGUGGUCGACAAAGAGUGUUUGCAAUUCCGGUUAUGGAGUCUUUGAUGCUCUAUUUGGUGUCUUGACUGAGUUGGGAUUACUCGAAGAAGCAAGCGACUGCUUCUCAAGGAUGAGUAAGUUUAAAAUAUUUCCAAAGGCACGUUCUUGUAAUGUUCUUCUACACAGGCUUUCUAAGUCGGGCCGAGGGGACAUGUCCAGGAAGUUUUUUGGUGACAUGAUUGCAGCCAAAAUAUCUCCAACAGUCUUUACUUACAAUAUAAUGAUAGAUUUUAUGUGCAAGGAGGGGGACUUGAAGACUGCAAGAAGCUUAUUUGCACAGAUGAAAGACAUGGGUUUCUCACCGGACAUUGUCACAUACAAUUCUCUCAUUGAUGGACAUGGGAAGCUUGGACUAUUAGAGGAUGCAGUACAUAUAUUUGAGGAAAUGAAGGGAGCAGGUUGUGAUCCUGACGUGAUAACUUACAAUGCUCUGAUCAACUGUUUUUGUAAAUUUGGGCAGAUGCCACAGUCAUUUGUCUAUCUCCGUGAGAUGAAGCAAAAUGGGAUUAAGCCCAAUGUUGUAACUUUUAGUACAUUUAUUGAUGCUUUUUGCAAGGAGGGGAUGAUGCAAGCGGCCAUUAAGUUUUUUGUGGAUAUGAUACUGGUUGGUCUUACUCCUAAUGAGUACACAUAUACUUCCCUGAUAGAUGGAAACUGUAAAGCAGGAAACCUGGCUGAAGCUUUAAAGCUGGUUAAAGAGAUGUUGAACACAGGACAUAAUCUUAAUAUUGUUACCUACACAGCUUUAGUAGAUGGUCUUUGCAAAGAUGGGAAGGUAGAAGAAGCAGAAGAAGUUUUCAGGGCAAUGCUGAAAGAUGGUAUAAAUGCUAACCAGCAAUUCUACACAGCACUUGUUCAGGGGUAUUUCAAGGCUAAAAAGAUAGAAAAGGCAAUGGACUUAUUAAGAGAAAUGAGAGAAAAAUGCAUCAAACCUGAUUUAUUACACUAUGGAACUGUUAUAUGGGGUCUCUGCAACCAAGGAAAGCUUCAAGAAGCUAGAUUUUUAGUAGGGGAAAUGAGGGAAUGUGGUUUUAUGGCAAACCAUAUUAUAUACACGACACUGAUGGAUGCCUAUUUUAAGGCAGGAGAUGUAAAAGAGGCUCUCAGUUUGCUAAAAGAAAUGCAAGAAUUUGGUGUUUCUCCCACAGUUGUGACUUACUGUGCAUUGAUUGAUGGGUUGUGCAAAGCAGGAUCAAUUCAAGAGGCAACUUAUCAUUUUGGUAGGAUGGUAGACAUGGGUUUACAACCUAAUGUAUUGGCAUAUACAGCGCUAAUUGAUGGCCUCUGUAAAACUAAUUGCUUGGAAGAAGCCAGGAAGCUGUUUGAUGAAAUGCUGAGGAAGGGUAUGAUUCCAGAUAAAGUUGCCUACACAUCUUUGAUGGAUGGCAACUUGAAGCAUGGGAAUCUUCUGGAAGCUUUUGGUUUGAAGGACAGAAUGAUAGAAGAUGGCAUUGAACUUGAUUUGCAUGCUUAUACUUCUUUGAUAUGGGGCCUUUCUCAAUGUGGUGAAAUACAACAAGCAAGGAAUUUGCUAAAUGAGAUGCUUGGAAGAGGUGUUCCUCCUGAUGAAGCUGUUUAUAAUUGUCUAAUAAGAAAGUAUCUUGAGCUAGGGAAAAUGGACGAAGCAACUGAGUUACAAAAUGAUAUGGUAAAAAGGGGUCUUAUUCCUUACUUGAAUGAUUAUGUUGUACCAAAUGAACAAAUUUGAGAGGGUAUAAAUGUCUGUUCAUCAUAUAUUUGUUGGUGCUGUAGUAAAUUUUCAGUGCUAAAAAGGCAUGAUACAUUUUAAUAGUUGGGAUGAAGAACCCAAGAAAUACAUAAAGCGAAGGAAUCCUUCAUCACUGACAAUGUGUCCUGAAGAAAUUAUGCUCAAGGCUGGUUUGCUGUUUUGAACCUUCCCUCGACUUCAUGUAAAUUGAAAAUGCCAAUUUGAUAUCUUAACAGAAGCAUCUCCCACAAAGAGGGGUGAUUUAAGUAGGGGAAACAUACUUUGGAGUAACCGAGUAAGGAUCCUUAUUCAUAUGAACUGAGCCAAAUUGAUUCAUUUUACACAUUCAGACUUAUUCAGGUUCAAAAGAAGGAAAAAGGAGGCUACGGUGAAGACUGUGGAGGGAAGCACAGAAUGUGUUGCUAUCCAGAACCCUGACAAAAGUGAGAAUGUAUUGGUUCGUUGUGAUCUGUCUGCGGUGGAAGACGAAACUGUGACUUUGAAGGAGGAUGAGAAGGACUCGAGUGGGAUUGCUGCUACGAAUUUAGGAGGCAGUUCAGGGAAUGGCGAUGGAAGAAUUGAUGGCAUGGACGUGGCCUGUUGCACACUUCCCCAAGUUGAGAAUGAUGAUGCUGAUAAAUGGCUUUGUGAGAAAGUGUUGGUUGGAAGGUUAGGCGUGGAUCUAGGAAGGAGAGUGACAGACUGUUACAGUGACUCCUGUUGAAGAGAUUCACAAGAAAUCCCAUGGGGUUAGGAAUUCACACAUUGUUAAUAUAACAAAGGUUUUCUCUCAGUUGAAACUUGGUUUAGUUGGGGCAGGACCUUCAAAAAACUUCAAAAGGGUAUAUAAAAGAAGAGGGGGGAAGGCAAUAGCUCAAGUUUCUGAUGAGGCUGGAAAGGAGGACUCUCGGGCUCUUAACAGUCCGGACUCUCAGGUGGAAACCUGCCAACACAAAAAGAAGAUGAAUAUGCCACCAGCUCUGAAGUAAGAUUUCCUGAUAGAAGUCUGGAAGAGAAGGAGGCGAAGAGAAGUCGAGAUUGGUAAAAGUCUUGGCUUGCUCUUUUUUGGGGGGCGGUGAGGAAUUUUCCAAGAAGGCCUUUGAGGAGUUUGAGAGAAAGAGGAUGGACAAGAGGUUGAAGAAAAUGGAAACUAGAGAAAGAGGUGAUAAGUGGGAUGAAGAAGAUGACAGGCAUGAUGAAAGUUUUGAGGAAGAGGAUUAGGAAAGUUGGGUGUUUGGGUUCUUUUUAGGGUCAUUCGAGUUUGAGUUGGGUAAGGUGGUCAAUUUGGAGUUUAUCUCUUUGUUUACGUUUUCAGAGUAUGUGGGUGUAAGUUGCUUUAAUGUCUUUCUUUUCUCUCAGGUGAUUUAUUGUCACCUUUCCUUUUGUAUUCAUUUAUAGUUUGAUAGAAGGUCAAUUUGGGGUAUUCAUUUUUUUGGUUAAGAUGCUGAAAUCUAGUAAUUCAAUUUGGGGUAUUCAUUUA